GGUUUUAAUUCCCUCAUUAUGGCAACCUCGUAAUAGCGCUGAAUGGCAGGGCAUUCACAUGGUGCUGAAAACUGGGAUGUCAGCUAAAUGUCAUUUGCUUUCAACGUGCGCCCAGCGUGAAGGGGGUUUAUAUCGGUAUUAUUUUUUUAUUUUUUAUAAAAUUGCUAUAAAAAGAUACAAAUUUUUCUUCGGAAUGUAACUUCUGCGAAGGGGGUAAUAUUAAGCUAUUUUUAAUAUCGCACUUUUAAAAGUGCGUCGCAUAGUGCCGAAAGUUUUCUAUUCACAACCUACAGACAGCCAGUGUCGUCGGGUAUGGAGUCCAAGUAUUUGUUGACAAGCAAAACUCCUGUUAAGUCACCACAUGGAAUUGGUACGAAAAAUAAUGUCAACAUAUCAAGUUUUCCGAUCAAACGAAAACUACAAAGUCCCGUGAAUGGUAUUGAAAACGUUAUAAUAAAAGCACCUAAGUUAAAUAAUGGGAGCUUAACUUCUACCUCAAAUGGGAAAUCAACGACCACUAUACCCACUCCUAAUGGCAGCAUGGUGCAUCUUAAUGGCAAAAGUGCACAAUCGAAACAACAAUUAGAUCAACAACGGCAAACGCUGCCUGUUUAUAAGGUACGUCAAAGGCUCAUACAGGAGGCGCGACGUGCUGAAACAUUGCUGCUGAUGGGUGAGACUGGUUCGGGUAAAACCACACAAAUCCCACAGUUCCUGUUUGAGAGUGGUUUUACACAAAAGGGUGUAAUUGGCAUAACUCAACCACGUCGUGUGGCGGCCAUUACUGUAGCACGUCGAGUGGCACAAGAGCUAGGUUGUCGUCUGGGCGAAACAGUUGGCUACACAGUACGUUUCGAGGACUGUACCUCGCCCCAAACUCGCAUAAAAUUCCUAACAGAUGGUUGUUUGCUGCGCGAGGCAAUUGCUGAUCGGCUCUUGCGACACUAUUCCGUAUUGAUAUUGGAUGAGGCUCAUGAACGUACCAUAAACACUGAUGUACUCUUCGGUAUUGUUAAGGAAGCACAGAAGCAACGAAGACAGAGGGGACUUACGCCGCUUAAAGUUAUUGUUCAAUCAGCUACUAUGGAUAUAGAUCACUUUGGAAAGUAUUUCGGUGUACGUGGCAUGUACCUUGAGGGUAAGACAUACCCGAUAACAGUCAUGCACGCAAAGGAGAACCAACCUGACUAUUUGCAUGCUGCGCUGGUGACGCUGUUUCAACUGCACCGUACAGAUCCUAUAAAUCAUGAUGUGCUUAUAUUCCUAACUGGACAAGAAGAAAUAGAAGCUAUGGCCCACCAAAUACGGCAAAUUGCCAAGAAUCACGAUGCUGAAUUGAGUCCAGUACGCGUAUAUCCGCUUUAUGCACAGUUACCGCAAAACAAACAACUUGAGUGCUUUCUGCCUGCUCCCGGGAAUGCUCGUAAAAUAGUUCUAGCCACCAAUAUCGCAGAGACUUCAGUAACCAUACCCGGCAUAAGAUGUGUAAUCGACUGUGGCUUUGUUAAACGUCGUGUUUAUAACCCUAGCAGCGGUUUGGAUGCGCUACGAAUUGUGCGUAUCUCACAAGCUCAAGCAUGGCAACGCUGCGGCCGAGCUGGUCGUGAUGCACCUGGUACUUGCUACCGCACUUACACUCAAGCAGAAAUGGAGUCAUUUGAAAAUAUGCCCAAGCCGGAAAUAUUGCGUAGUAACAUUUGCUCCACUGCUCUUCAACUACUAGCGUUGGGUAUCGAUUGUUGCACAUUUGAUUUCCUUGAUCGCCCCACGACGGAAGCUGUGGACGAUGCUUAUCGCAAGUUGGAAGCACUCGGUGCCGCGAGAAACACUAAAAUUAAGCCCGAGCUUACUACAUUGGGUCAGCAAAUGUCACAAUUCCCACUUGAUCCUCGUUACAGCAAGUUGCUGUUAUCUGCAUCUUCAUUCGGGUGCAUGGAAGAAAUGCUAAGCCUAGUCGCUGUGUUGUCAGGAGAGAAUGUAUUUGUGUCUAGCAAUGAAAAGCGUGAACUAGCCACAUUGGCGCAUGCGAAAUUUACCUCGAAACAUGGCGAUCAUCUAACGCUGCUCAAUGUCUUCAGCGCAUUUCUAAAGACAGAAAAAGUUAAGCUCUGGUGCCAUGACAAUUUUUUAAACACAAGAAAUCUAUCAUAUGCGCGCGAAGUGCGCAAACAGCUACAUGAAAUUGCCGAACGCCUCGAUUUGCCAUUGAACAGCUGUGGCAAUAAUCAAGAUCAAGUACGUAAGUGCCUCUUGAUCGGACUUUUUGAUAACAUCGCUGAACUGCAGCGUGACAAUACCUACCUUACAAUAGCUGGACGUCAGCGUGCGAGAAUACACCCGUCCAGUGUCUUCCAUGGCAAAUAUAGACCGGAAUAUGUUAUAUUUACAGAGAUUGUGUUGACCGAACGCAAUUUUCUGCGUCAAGUCACUGAAAUCAACCCAGAUUGGAUAUCUGAUGUGCUGCCUAACUAUGCGCAUUUAAAUAGAAUUAAAAGCACAUUGAAAUAACAUUGAUUGCAUAGCUGCCUAAAGAUUAAUUUACAUUAUUUUAUAUAGUAAAAAAUAAGUUAAUUAGCUCUGAACGUACAACUUGGCUGAGUUCCAAGUUGCAUCAAAGCAAAGCUUGAGCCUCUUAUUGCUAUUCCAUAACCAAUGGAAAUGUCCAAUAUCCGCAACCACGUUUAAACGCUGAAUUGGAACUUAGUUGCGCAAAUUGGCCAUUUACAUCAAUAAUAUUUUAAAAGUAAAAGAGGCUAAUUAAUGCUUUGCAUUAAUGCUACUUGGAACUCAGCCGUGCUAAGCAUAUGUAAUGAGAAGAAAAAAAAAAAGGAUGUUGUAAUUACUUAGUUCAAUGUAAUAUAGUUAAUUUUAAAUUAUCGAGUAGUAUGCAAAGUCGUUCAUUUUAACAUUUGCCAAGAUUCGUAUAUUGCUUAAAAUUUUAAAUAGUACCGAUUUCACCAUGUCGAUGCAUUUAUUAUUUUUACUACCCUUUUAGUUUAACAUUAUGCUGAAUAUUUUGAAAAAUGUCUUAAGAUGAUUGCGAUACUUUUGAAUUUUACACAAUAACUUGGACCUAAAAAAAAUUUUGUAUUUUAGUUAGUCGACCAAGGUGACUCAUAUGCUUGUUUAUUCAAACGUGGCCUUGAGCUCUAUAAAAAUUAUUCCAAAACGCGAUUGAAGGCCAUAAAGAUAGGUAAAGCAUUAAGUGGAUUUCGAUAAAAUCGUACACUACUGCAUUCAAUAUUUUUUCUCCAAAAUUUGCAUAAACGUAAAAGCAUUCAAUUAUGGUAAUGCUUUACUUCAGGGAAUGGGUUUGAUUUUUUUAACUGAAGUUUUUGAAAGUAUGCUUAAAAUAAAAUUGCAAGACGAAUUGAGAAUAUUGACAAAAAGAUAAUGUUACAACAUGGUUUUUUCCAAAAAACGCAGUUAUUUGAUGAAAACAUCUUAAAAAUUGAUAAGAAAAUAAAGCAUGUAAAUAUAUGCAUACACAC